AUGCAAAUCGACGGGCAGUCCUACGAUUGCCUUCUGGAUACGGGAGCCACCUAUUCAACUCUUACUAACAGCCAUUUGAACCCCGGGGAAGAAACCAGAACCGUAAUGGGACUGGAUGGGAUUCCUCGAAACUGCCCUCUCUCCAAACCAGCAAAGGUCUCGGUUGGACCUCUAUCCGUCAAACAUACCUUUCUAUUGACAUCUAGUCCUGUAAACCUCCUAGGGAGGGAUCUGCUUUGUAAAUUGAAUGCAACCAUACAAUGUGGCCAAGAAGGAAUUUAUUUGCAUAUGCCAGACGAAUCCAUCUUUAGAUUUCAAGGAGUCUUGCAAGAAGCCCAUAAUACUGUCAUCGAUCUCCCGUCGGAAUUACUUAAUAGUGUUUCCCCUUCCCUAUGGGGGACUGAGUCUACUUCCGUGGGGCUCUUGAAGUCCGCAACGCCAGUAAAAAUCAACUACAAAAGGGACCUACCUUUCCCCUGCACAAAGCAAUACCCCCUUCCUCCGGACGCAAUAGACGGACUGACCCCGAUGAUAGAUGAAUUCCUGAGAAUGGGAGUCUUAGUCCCGUGUGCCUCUCCAUGCAAUACCCCUCUUCUUCCUGUCAAAAAGCCCAAUACAAACCCCGUGAAAUGGCGCCUGGUCCAAGAUCUCAGGCUCGUUAACUCCUUUGUCAUCCCCAGACACGCGGUGGUUGCCAACCCUCACCACCUCCUGAGCACUAUACCGGAAGGAACUGUAGUCUACUCAGUUAUAGAUUUAUGCUCCGCUUUCUUCAGCAUCCCUGUAGACCCAGAAAGCCAAUUCCUUUUCGCUUUCACUUGGCAGACGGGGCAAUUAACGUGGACCCGAUUGCCCCAAGGAUAUGUAGAAUCCCCUGCCAUUUUCUCAUCUAUACUACACCAGGAUCUAUCAGACGUGGAUCUGCCAAGGGGCUCAGCCCUAAGACUUUACGUUGACGACAUCUUACUUUGUGCGAGGGACCAAGAAUCCUGCAAAGAGGACACUAUAGCCCUCCUAAACAUUCUAGCACAAAAGGGACAUAAAGUAUCUCCAAAAAAGAUCCAAUAUUGCAGACAGGAAGUUAAAUAUCUUGGGCACAUCUUAGGAAAAGGCACCCGCGCACUAACCACAGACCGGAUAGAAGCAAUAACUAAAUUGCCCCUACCAAAAACUAAAAGACAGCUCCGUGGCUUCAUCGGAAUGAGUGGAUUCUGCCGAGCCUGGAUCCCGCGCUACGGGGAAUUCACCCGUCCCCUCACAGCUAUGACUCACGACAAGGCCCCUGACCAAUUGCAAUGGUCUGCAGAGGCGCUGGAAGCCUUCGAAUCUAUUAAGAGAGAGUUAAGGACUUCACCCGCCCUCGGACUUCCAGACUAUAGGCUACCCUUUUCUCUAUACGUACACGAAAACAAAGGAGUAGCUUCUGGCGUCCUCACUCAGCCAUUUCAAGGGAAAAAUAGGCCUAUCGCCUAUUACAGCCUUCAGCUGGACACUACCGUACUCGGGAAUGUGGGGUGCCUCAGGGCUGUAGCGGCGGCAGCCCUCCUUCUAGAGAAGGCGCAAGAAACUGUCUUGGGACACGACCUAACCGUUAACGUCCCCCACGCUGUCGCUACCCUUCUUAGCUUGCAAGGGUGCCAACGGUUCACAAUACAACGCUUAAACAGAUAUGAGGCCAUUCUCCUAAGCCCAUCAAACGUAACCAUAAGACGGGUGAACUCGCUUAAUCCUGCAACGCUCCUACCCCUCCCCGAAGACGGCACCCCACAUCAUGACUGCUCUCAAAUAGUCCGCCAUGUAGAAAAACCACGCGAGGACCUUGACUACCUACCUUUAGUGGACCCGGACCUAAUCCUGUAUACUGAUGGGAGUUCUAAAGUUGUGGAAGGGGAGCGUAAAAGCGGAUACGCCAUAGUUUCCGAUGCCGAGACCUUAGAGGCACGACCCGUCCACCCAAAAUACAGUGCACAAGCGGCAGAACUCAUCGCCCUCAUAAGAGCCUGUGAACUAGGGGCGGGACGGAAAGUCACUAUCUAUACGGACUCUAAAUAUUGCUUCGGGUUAGUGCAUGCUACCGGACAAAUCUGGUUACAGAGGGGUUUCUUGACAGCUGCAGGUACCCAGGUAGCACACGCUCCCCUAGUACAGCGCCUCAUGGACUCUAUACACCUUCCAGAAGCCAUUGCCGUAGUGCAUUGUAAAGCACAUACGAAAGGAAGGGACGCAGUCUCAGUAGGGAACCGACGGGCUGACCGCGCGGCUCAAGAGGCAGCCCUUCAGCCCCUCCCCGCAGACAGCGAAUUCCAAGGGCCACAGAUCAUAUCAGAUGUAGAUUUCACAGAGAUGUAUAAAACAGCGACCCCGGAAGAGAUAAAAGGAUGGGAGGAACAAGGGGCUCAAUUAGACAAUGGCGUUUGGUAUUUUCCAGACAAACGACUCAUAAUGCCUAGGCUUUGGGUACCCAAGCAUCUGAGAGUCCUACACCAAUGUACUCAUUGGGGGAGAGACAAACUAAUCGACACAAUUCAACGUUGCUGGUAUGCCCCAGGCCUUGCUCUAGCCGCUAAGACCGCCGUUAAGAACUGUCAUACUUGUCAAAGUUUCAAUCCAAAACACACCGCCAGGUGCCCACCAGGGGCCAGGCCAUGGGCUUUCGUUCCAUUCGAAAGUCUUCAGAUAGAUUUCAUAGAUCUACCACCCUGCCAAGGUUAUAAGCAUGCCCUAGUGAUUAUUGACCAGCUGACCGGGUGGGUGGAAUGCUUCCCAACACGUAAAGCGACCGCACACAUCGUUGCAAAGAUCCUAUUACAAGAGAUUAUACCCCGCUUCGGAAUCCCUCGACACAUAGACAGCGACAGAGGCUCACAUUUCACCUCAGAUGUAAUACAACAAGUAGCCACUACCCUUGGCAUUAAAUGGAAACUACAUACCCCGUACCACCCCCCUUCCUCAGGACAGGUUGAGAGAAUGAACCAACAACUCAAAUCACAACUCGGGAAACUUUGUAAAGACUCUGACAUCAAAUGGGUUAAUGCCCUUCCAUUAGUCCUCCAUAAUCUUAGAGCAUGCCCCCGCGGCAACCUCAAACUGUCUCCCUAUGAAUUACUGUUUGGGCGACCCUCUCCAGUGUAUAAUACCCAAUACCCAACAUCUGAGCUAGAGGUGGGCGAGUCAGAAUUAACAAAAUAUGUAAUACAGCUCCAGAGACAACUAAUUCUUCUCCACAAAUACGCUGCUUCAAGCCAAAACAUCCCUCUCGACGAAAACGUCCACCCUUACCAACCAGGUGACUGGAUACUAGCGAAAACCUAUCAUAAGAUACCCCUACAGCCCACCUGGGAGGGUCCCUACCAAGUACUUUUAACCACUCCAACUUCCGUUAAGGUAGCAGAAAAGACAGCCUGGUUACAUCACACCCGCUGCAAACCCGCAUCAGCACCAGAACCUGUCUCAGACGACUCACCAUAUUACACCCCACGCCGGCCGCCAGACGACGACUCCGAUACAGAGGACGCCCUACAGACCGGACCAGAUCGGGGCACGAAUCGAGCCCUACAGACCGGACCAGAUCGGGGCACGAAUCGAGCCCUACAGACCGGACCAGAUCGGGGCACGAAUCGAGCCCUACAGACCGGACCAGCUCGGGGCACAUAUCGGGCCCAACAGACCGGACCCGACCAACCGUCGUCAUCAACCCAUUGGACCUCCGAGAUCAUCCCAACACCCAGCCGCGACGACCAACCCCCAAUUCGCCUCAAACUCCGUAAAACACCCGCAGUUUGA